GAGGUACCGGCGGCUGCGUGUUUCCGGAAGACGUGGCGGCUGCUGCCAGUGUUGCUUUCCCUUACAUCCCCCCUGGGCGCUACUCGCGUUCCCCCAAGUCGCUGCCGCCACCGCCACUGCCACCACCGCAGCCAUGAUCUCCUUAACGGACACGCAGAAAAUUGGAAUGGGAUUAACAGGAUUUGGCGUAUUUUUCCUAUUUUUUGGAAUGAUUCUCUUUUUCGACAAAGCACUACUGGCUAUUGGAAAUGUAUUAUUUGUGGCUGGAUUGGCUUUCGUAAUUGGUUUGGAAAGAACAUUUAGAUUCUUUUUCCAGAAACACAAAGUUAAAGCUACAGGGUUUUUCCUGGGUGGAGUAUUUGUAGUUCUCGUUGGUUGGCCUUUGAUAGGCAUGAUCCUUGAAAUUUAUGGAUUCUUUCUUCUGUUCAGGGGAUUCUUUCCUGUGGUGGUUGGCUUUAUUAGAAGAGUACCUGUCCUUGGAUCCCUCUUGAAUUUACCUGGAAUAAGAUCACUUGUAGAUAAAGUCGGAGAAAGCAACAAUAUGGUAUAACAGCAAGUGGACUAAAGAUUACAUUAAAAUUGCAUUAUUUACAAAAGCCCCUUUGAAGAAUAUUCAGCACAAAAUUAAAUUACACAAAACAGCUUAUAACAUCUUUUACAUAAGUUUAUAAUGUGUAGUCUGCGAAGUACCUACAGUAAUUAGCAACGAAGCAAUGAAAAGGUGCUUGAUUCCAAGACAAGCGACUAAGAAUUCACCAAGUGAACUGAAGAAGGGGAAUGCCAUGUUACAAUCUAUAUUGAAACUGUUGAAAGUUAUUUUUAUUGUUUUUUUCACAAUGUGCUAAACACAGCCAUCCCUAUAGAACUGUGGUGCCUGAUUUCUGUCUCCUUAUUUUGAAGGUGCAGGAGAGCCACCAGGCAUUUGGUUUUUUUAAGAAAUGCUCAUUGCAAUGGCAAAAAUGUUUCCUGUUGUUUAACAAGAGUUGUAGCUCCAAAAGUGUUGCAUGAGUUAGGAUGGAUUAUGUCAUUUUAAUGUAUUAAAAACAAAGGAAAAUCCAAACAACUUUGUUGUAUGAAUCAAACUUUUUUUUUUGUUUGUAAAUACAUAGUUUAAAUAAACUUUUGCUGUUCUUAGGAAUCAAAGCCAGAUGUAAAUGCUAACUGGAUUUACUUUCUGUGCUGGAAUAUGCAAAGGUCAUUCAUUUUUUAACUUGGAUCCUAAAUUAUAGGUGACUAAAGCUUUCUUUGGUCAGUAGAAUACUUUGGGGAUUUCGUCUCCAAGAUACCUGCAUGUAUAAUUACAUGUGAGCCUAAAAAGAUGUACCCUUUGUCCACUAAGUAACCUGUUACAUAUCUUGUCUCAUGGAAUAGUCUUUUAUUUAAGAUACUUAAUGAUGCUAACUUGUAUUUUUCCUAUUCAAACAUAGCUUGUUUUUAAAGUUUGAAAAGUCUGUCUGGCAUGAUGAUAGUUUACUUGGGGAGAGAGAAAAAUCCUACAAGUUUCAGAUCUUAUUUUGCUAUUGUUCAUAAAGAAAAACUCCCUAAAGAGUUAACUGUUGUUUACCUUGGGACAUGUGAAGUGUUGAAAAGUUGAAACUUCUGAUUGUAUCUUAAAGGGCUAUUCAUAUAAACUGAAAAGUUGAUUUUCUUAUUUAAAAAUGUCUUAUGUUUGAUAUGAAGAUUUUCCACAAAGAGUUGCCUAAAAACAAAAAACCUGAGUGAUGAUAUAAGCAAAUUAUUUUAGGAUAUUUAGUGACUAGAUUCUUUCAAAGCCAAGGAAGUUAAGAAAAAUGUAUUCUGUUUUGUUAUAACCAUUUGGCAAGUGGUAAGAAAUUCAUUUUUUUUUCUUUAUAGGCUUCCCCAGUUGGCAUACUUUUUUUCAAGAAUGUGGAAACAUUUGAAACACAUUUUUUAUCAACCACAAUACUUCUUGUUUUACCACUUAUGAUCAAAUUCAUUUGUUUUUACAUUUUGCAAUGCUUCUUGAUCCAAAAAAAUCAUAAUUGUAGAAAUUUGAUUUUCAUUUUAAAAACAUUCUGUUACUCCUCAAGUUUAUUCUGUUGAAAGAGUCGGUAGUGAGAAAAAGGGGGGCACAAGUUCCCAACCUCAUCCAAAACAGAAGAAAAAGAUUUAAAUAUACAAUGAAAUGGUUCAGUCUUGUGGAUUCAAUGCAAAGUCACUUGACGCAUGACAGAACUCAUGCAGCGGAUAAGACAUUUUCAAAUGGAGACUCCUACCUCAACAGCUGUCGGAAUAUUAAAAGACUUGGUGUUUUAUGUCUGUGUAAUGUUCAAAUAGUCUCAUCCAUUGGAGAAUGUAAAAAAUAUACUUUGGGCUUUGAAUGUUCUAUGCCUUUGUUCUACCUAUUUUUGACAGAUGAUCAUUAUUUACAGUAGAUUAUGAAAUCUGCCUUUUUUAAAAGCAAGAACAAAAUCUACUUAAAACAAAUAGCUACAUUGCAAUUGGACCUUUGUAGAUGUGAAUUUCUAUCAAAUUAUUCCUUGCACUGUGAUAAACACUCCUUUCCCAAGACCCUUCUUUUAGCAAAUGAUGUUGGGCAGAAACUUGGAAGAGAUCUAACAGUGAUGCCUCAGUCAAUGAAAUUGAGAGGUGGUGCAAUUUUCAUUUUAAGUGAGUCCACUGUUAAGAUCCAUCUUGAUUUCUGAACUGCUUGGAAGCAUUGUAUAUUUUAUAAAUGUACUGGUCUUCUGACAGAAAGCAUUGUAAAUACCACUGUCUCUUUCUUAAAUUAGCUUUCUGUCUUUGCCACUAAAAUGUAAUUUGAUUUCCAGAGAGGUGGAGGAAAAGGUCAAAUGCUACCUAGCCUUAAGUGUUUCUGUCAUUGCUCAAGUGUAUUUUCUGUAACAGAAACAUAAUUGGAAUGUUUUUCUUUCCCCUAAUAAAUUGUAAUUCUUAAAAUAUUGCUGCUUUAAAAAGUCUCACAAACAGAUUAUACGAUCUAAGCAAUUGAAUAAUGUAAAUACACUUGUCUUACCUCUCAAUAAAAAGUACUUUUAUAUUA